UUUUCUUGAUUUCCAGUGGCUGCUGUUGUUUGAGUUUGGUUUGGAGCAAACCUGAAGUAGCCCUGACAUUUCUGGGAUGGAAUCCAGAUGAGGAAGAAAUAGAAGAAGUGGGAAGAAAGGGAGAAGAGAAGCUCGGAAACAAAGGGACUCGGCCAGACUGCGGGGAGGGAAAGGGUGAUAAGAAGUUCUGGGAAAACUCCACAGAAGGGAAGAGCGAGAUUCAGAAAUCACUAGGACUUCACUUUUAGGAAGAUCCCUGUGGCAGCCAAGGACCGGCACACACAGACCCAGGAGAAACUGCAGACAAAUGGAGACACAAACAGUCCCAAGGACAGCAACUUUCACCUCCUCCCACUGCCCCAGAAGGUAAAAGACGUGGCCAGCAAAAGGAAUCAGCUCCAGGCUGGGCUCCCUGGGGCUGCUUUGCAGACCAGGAGCUGCGGCUCACCCUCUACCGGGAGACAGAGGGCAGGAAGGAACGGAGCCCACCUAGGAAACUGUCCUUGGGACCAACCUUCACGUUUCUUUGGAAAGCCUCUGCAAGCAACUCCAUGCACCACUGCUGGAUACUACAAUGAUGUGGAAAAUGGGACCCCACUUCACCACGCUCUUGGCCAUGUGGCUGGUGUGUGGCUCAGCAUCUCAUUCUCCUGCCUUGGAUAGCUACGGCCACGCGGGACAGAAAGCACCUUUGGUUUCUCCAAUCAGCAGUAGGUCAGCUCGUUAUCUGAGGCACACCGGGAGGUCUAGCGGAGUUGAGAAAUCCAUUCAGGAAGAUCCAAAUCCUCAGCCUUUCCAAAGGAGGAAGAGUGCACCAGUGUUGAGAUUAGCUCACCCGACCGUGAGACCACCCCCCUCAGGUAUCAAUGGAGUCCCGGUCAGAUCUGAGGUGAGACCCAUAGCUAGGAGCUCGGUGCGUGAGAUGGUCCGAGAUGAGGGGUCUUCUGCUCGGACAAGAAUGCUGCGAUUCCCCUCUGGAUCUAGCUCUCCCAAUAUCCUGGCCAGCUUUGCAGGAAAGAACAGGGUGUGGGUCAUCUCAGCCCCUCACGCCUCAGAAGGCUACUACCGCCUCAUGAUGAGCCUCCUGAAGGACGACGUGUAUUGUGAGCUGGCAGAAAGGCACAUCCAACAGAUCGUGCUCUUCCACCAGGCAGGCGAGGAAGGGGGCAAGGUACGGAGGAUCACCAAUGAGGGGCAGAUCCUGGAGCAGCCUCUGGACCCUAAUCUCAUCCCGAAGUUGAUGAGCUUCCUGAAACUGGAGAAGGGCAAGUUUAGCAUGGUGCUGUUAAAAAAGACUCUGCAGGUGGAGGAGCGCUACCCUUACCCGGUCAGGCUGGAAGCCAUGUAUGAGGUCAUUGAUCAAGGUCCCAUCCGCAGGAUUGAGAAAAUCAGGCAGAAGGGUUUUGUCCAAAAGUGUAAGGCCUCGGGCAUAGAGGGUCAUGUGGUCCAGGAAGGAAAUGACAGCGGUGGAAGAGCAGGAGGUACAGGCCUGGGCGGUGACAAGAGGAAAGAGGAUCCAAGGAGAACACAAGUCCACCCCACCAGAGAGGCUCUGAGAAAGCAGGCCACCAGCAAGGCAGCCACUCCUCAACCUCCCCCAACUCCAAGGGCCACUACUCUUCCUCCUGCUCCAGUCACGACAGCCACUCGGGCCACAUCCCGGGUGGUGACAAUAGCCACAAGACCUAUAACCACCACUGCCUAUCCAGCUACCCAGAGGCCCUGGACAUCCCGGCUGCAUCCCUUCUCAGUCUCCCACAGGCCCCCUGCAACAGCAGAGGUGACCACUGUCAGGAGCCCCUCCGUCUCAGAGCAGCUAUACCCUCUACCUGGGAAGGAGCAACAGAGAGAGAAGCCACAGGCCACCAGGAGGCCCAGCAAAGCCACCAACUAUGGAAGCUUCACAGCUACCCCACCUACCACCCUCUGGGAGAGCAGCACAAGAGUUGUGGGCACGAGCCGUUUCCGGGACAAUCGGACAGACAAACGGGAACAUGGCCAUCAGGACCCAAAUGUGGUGCCAGGUCCUCACAAGCCAGUAAAGGGAAAGCUACCCAAAAAGAAGGACAAAAUUCUCAGCAACGAAUAUGAAGCUAAGUAUGACCUCAGCCGGCCCACCUCCUCUCAGGGGGAGGAGGAGCUGCAGGUGGAUAGCAUUCCCUCGCAGAAGGCCAAGGAGUCGAAAAAGCAUGAAAAGCUCGAGAAACCUGAGAAGGAGAAGAAGAAAAAAGGGAAGAGUGCAAAACAAGACAAGUUACUCAAGAGCGAAAAGCAAGUGAAGAAAGCUGAGAAAAAGAGCAAGCAGGAGAAAGAAAAGAAUAAGAAGAAAAAGGCAGGUAAGACAGAGCUGGAUGACUAUCAGAAGCCCACCGCAAAACACCUCGCUCCAAGUCCCAAGAAGUCAGUGGCCGACCUGUUGGGGUCUUUCGAAGGCAAACGAAGACUCCUCCUGAUCACCACGCCCAAGGCUGAGAACAAUAUGUAUGUGCAGCAGCGGGAUGGAUAUCUGGAGAGCUUCUGCAAGAUGGCCACCAGGAGGGUCUCUGUGCUCACCAUCUUUGGUCCUGUCAACAACAGCUCCAUGAAAAUUGAUCACUUCCAGCUAGAUAAUGAGAAACCCAUGCGUGUGGUAGAUGAUGAGGAUUUGGUGGACCAACAUCUCAUUGGCGAGCUGAGGAAGGAGUAUGGAAUGACCUACAAUGACUUCUUCAUGGUGCUGACAGAUGUGGAUCUGAGAGUCAAGCAAUACUACGAAGUGCCAAUAGCAAUGAAGUCCGUCUUUGAUCUGAUUGACACUUUCCAAUCCCGAAUCAAAGAUAUGGAGAAGCAGAAGAAGGAGGGCAUUGCCUGCAAGGAGGACAAGAGGCAGUCCCUGGAGAAUUUCCUAUCCAGGUUCCGAUGGAGGAGGAGGUUGCUGGUGAUCUCUGCUCCUAAUGAUGAAGACUGGGCCUAUUCACAACAGCUCUCUGCCCUCAACGGUCAGGCAUGCAAUUUUGGUCUACGACAUAUAACCAUUCUGAAGCUUUUGGGUGUUGGAGAGGAAGUUGGAGGAGUUUUAGAACUGUUCCCAAUUAAUGGGAGCUCCACUGUUGAGCGGGAAGAUGUGCCAGCCCACUUGGUCAAAGACAUCCGCAACUAUUUUCAAGUGAGCCCAGAGUAUUUCUCCAUGCUUCUAGUUGGAAAAGAUGGCAAUGUUAAAUCUUGGUAUCCUUCUCCUAUGUGGUCGAUGGUCAUCGUGUAUGACUUAAUUGAUUCCAUGCAACUUCGGAGACAGGAAAUGGCCAUUCAGCAGUCACUGGGAAUGCGCUGCCCAGAUGAUGAGUAUGCGGGAUAUGGUUACCAUAGUUAUCACCAAGGAUACCAGGAUGGCUACCAGGAUGACUACCGUCAUCAUGAAAGUUACCACCAUGGAUACCCUUACUGAACAGAAAUAUGUAACCUUAUUCCCAUCCAGUUCCCCUUUCAUCUGCUAAAGCUGUGUGUCAGCAGCUUCAUAAGGGAAUUUCUCCAUACUCUACAUACCCUGACUUUUUCUUUCAGUGUUCUUCCAAGAUUAAAGAAAUAGUAAACUUCCCCCUA